AUGACCCAAGAAAUACAAGAAACCCAGGAGAAGCCAGUGUUUGGCUCUUCCGGAAGAAAGAUUAUCUACGAUAAGGAUGGCAAACCAUGUCGAGCAUGUAAUACACUUUUGGAUUUCCAGAUGGUGACAGGAAAAGGAACCAAGAUCCCGGGAACUAAGAAGCCGGAAAAUUCAAUAGAGGCAGCUUCUAGUGACUCAAAUGUGACAAAAAAGCCCACAGAGGCCGUAUCCAAGCUUGGAGGGUAUGCCAAAGAUUAUCCACCAGACGUGGAGAAGCUUGGCCGGUCUUCAUGGACGUUGUUGCACUCCAUUGCCGCUAAGUAUCCAGAGGAGCCUUCUAACAAACAGCAAAGCGACUUGAAGCAGUUUCUCAAGUUAUUUGGAAACUUCUAUCCAUGCUGGUAUUGUGGUGAAGACUUCGACAAGUAUAUGACCAAGAACGAGCCAGCCACAGCCAGCCAGGAUGAGUUUGGCAAGUGGCUCUGUGAGGCACACAACGAUGUUAACGUCAAGUUGGGCAAGCCCCGUUUUAACUGUAACUUAUGGAAGCAGAGAUGGAGAGAUGGAUGGGAUGAGUAG